GGGUUUGCGAUGGCGUUGGGAGAGGAGACCGUAUAGCAAGUGAACUGUUUAUAUAGCACGCUAACAGCUUUGGACAAACACAGAAAAGUAAUCACGGCGAUGGGGAUCAAGUUAUAUUACACGACUGUCACCGCUUCCAGAGAGGUAAAGUCACAGCAAGCUGAAGUGAUGCGCAUCUUGGAGAGUAAGAACAUCCAAUUUGAAUUGAUUGACAUUUCGGUGGGUGGGGAACUCAAAGAUGAGAUGAGAACCAAGUCGUGUAACCCCACUGCAGUCCCACCCCAGAUUUUUAAUGAAAAUCAGUACUGUGGGAACUAUGAGAUGUUUUCAGAGGCAGUGGAGGCAGACACAGUCGAGCAGUUUCUGAAGAUUGCAUGAGACAUACCUGCUGACAUCACUUACCUCUUCCUUCUUGUCCCUUGACCUUCAGCUGUGAAAAGACCUUUUCUCUACCGACUUAGUGUCAUAAUCCCAUGUUAACAUGCCAAAAACAUUACUCCCUUUUAAUGCAGUGAUUGGAAAGCACAAGUGUUUACCUACUUUAUCAGAUUUAUUCCAAACACCUUUCUUCAUGUUUAUUUUGUCUUAAACAUAUUAACUGGUUUGUAUUAUAGGUAUAUUAAUGAAGUUCCAGGACUCAUAACCAUACAUUUUUCACUUAUUUAAUCAACUUUUCAAAAAACAUGAUUAUCUAAAUGCUGCAAUGGGAUCAAUUAAAAAAACUGAAACUGUCUUAUUGUGCUAGUUGGUUAUCUAGAUAAAGCAUGUAGUAUGUGACUGAUCAGCAUGCUAAACUAAUUGUUUGUUGUUACUCUAUCAACUUUACAAAUAUAUAUACAACAAAUGUGUAUUUGACUGUUCACACUCUCAAAGAAAAUUACAAAAUUU